CCCAAUUUGGCAGUCUAGUCAUUCUUCCCCGACGAUGGCGACGACGAGCAAACAGUACAAAGCCAUCGGAGAGGACCUUUGGAAAAGUCGCACAGAGAAGAUUAAUUCAGAGCUAUUUGCUCUUACAUAUGGCGCCCUCGUCGUCCAGCUGAUCCAGGACUAUGAAGAUUAUGCUGAAGUGAACAAGCAACUUGACAAAAUGGGAUAUAACAUUGGGACACGAUUAAUUGAGGACUUCCUUGCAAGGAGUUCUUUAGGUCGCUGCUCUGACUUCCGAGAAGUGGGCGAGGUGGUGGCGAAGGUCGGGUUUAAAUCCUUUUUAAAUAUCACACCAACAGUCACGCACUCUGGCGGUCCACCUUCUUCCUCCCGCCCAAGCAGUACAGUCCAACAGUCAGGAGUGCCUGGCUCGUCGUUCAUUCUGACCCUGGAUGAGAAUCCCUUGGCUGAAUUUGUCGAACUCCCUGACGAAGCUUUGGAAGGAUGUUUAUGGUUCAGUAACGUGCUGUGUGGUGUUCUUAGAGGAGCACUUGAGAUGGUCCAGAUGCAGGUGCAGGUGGAGUUUCUAUCUGAUGUACUUCGUGGGGACGAGAGCACGGAGAUUCGGGUGACAUUGCUGAAGUACCUGGAAGAAGAAGUCCCAGUCGGAGACGACUAGAGAAGCCACCUUGGAUCAUUUUGUACUUAGGAAAAGUGUAUUAUCUAGAAAACGAAUACGGGACAAGCGCGGAGUGGACUUCCGAGGAUAUAGGGACAUAC